UCGUCAAAUUCAUUUCUUUUCCUUUGCCUCCAUUUAAUUGAACCAGUUUCUUAAAAAAAACAACACAUAAUUAGCAUUUAAAUCUCUUUCCUACAGUCUCCUGCCCUCCCUACAUCGCUCUCUCUCCCCUCUCUUACUCUAGCAGACUCUACAUGUCUCAGUCGCUAAGGCAACCAAUGCUUUUUUUCUCACUUGCUCUCUGUAUCUCCCCCUUUCUCUCUCAUUCCCUCUCUCCACUGCCAGAGGUAGGCAUGAUAACUGAUAUGUGUCGGAGUGUGUGUGUGUUUGUGUCCGUCUCCCGGUGUGCUUGUGUGUCUCUAAGUGACAUUUCUGUGGCAUUUAGGCAGCAGUUGUGGAAAGGAAGUUACCUCUCUUUGCUCCAAGUGCCAUAUAGAGUAUUGGCUCAAUGCAUGAUGCUUCUAAUGAUGAUUAAUGUGCUGUGCUCAGGUGUGUGCACUGUAAAUGUGUGAGAGAACAGAACAGACAAUGAGUAUGUACUUCUGGGUGUUUUUGAAUGCAGAUGUGGAUACUGUAUAAAUGUGGCGCAUAAUUGAGCGUUAAAUUUAAAAGCCCAGGGGAGUCUGUGUGUGUAUGUUUUUUUUUAUUUUAAUUUUUUUAUAAAGAUGACCGUUUCUGUUUUCUGCCAAUACUCUUCCUGGUGUCUAGUUAACAUGGUUUUAUCCGGCAACAUAAAAGAAGAAAAAAGCUGGACCCUCCCCCUUUCUCUCCCUCUCUAUCCCUCUCUUGCCCCUCUGUCCUGUCUUACAGAGAGAGAUGAUCGGAGGAGCGGAGUCUCAGUGAACAGAGCGAAGCGAUGGAGAGAUGCUCCAUCUCUCCUGUCACACGACUGACUGCCCUCCGCUGCCUUGUCUGCCUUCUCCUGGUUGCUCUGGUCACACAGCCUUCCACCUGUAACCGAGACGACAGUGAGGUCGAGGAGCAGGUGGACGCCCGGUCUGUCCAGCUGUCCGUUACAGCCCAGGUCACACCCACCCCUCUGUGGGCGGUAGUCUGGGGUCCCACACAGCCUCUGGAGGAUGAGACUUACCAUUUCCUUUCCAGCCAGGAAACUGACCCCCUGCACCAGCAUGGUAACCAGCAGGAGGCCAGCACCGCCAAGUCAGACUGGCCUGCAAGCAUGCAACCCCGGGAGGACGUGCCGCUGGAGUCUAAGAACCAGGAGGGAGUCGAGGAUGGAGGCACGGAGGCGGAGGAGACGGAGCCUGAGGAAGUGGACCCUCAGUUCUACGUCACAGUGACCAUCUCCUCGCUGCUCAUCCUGACGGCAGUCGUAAUUACAGCCAAACUCUGUUACGAUCACAGCUGUUCCCAGCAUCCACCCCCGCUUUCCCGUGGCGUGGCCCCCCCACUCUCCCUCGCUCUCCCUCGUUCCCUUGCUUCAGAGGACAGCCGGCAGACGUUGCACAGCACCUCCGCCUCCUUCACCGACAGGGAGAGGAUCCCAGUCGUGAACCUCUGAGGUGACUAUUUUUCCAUAUGGUAAACAUUUCUACGGGGCCUGAGGAGGAACAUCAACACGACCAGAGGCUGUGCCUGCAGCGCCGUUUUAUUUUCUCUGAAACUGUGAAGUGAAUCCAGGGGUCCCAGGUAUCCAACCAUAACAAAACUCCUUGGCUUCCCUUAGGUCUAAAAAACCCAAACACAUCUCCCUGCUGCUCCCUCCUUCCUUUCUUCCUCUGUGCUUGGUAUAAAUUUCUUUUAUGCGGUUCCGCGUCUCUGUAACCUGCUCCCUGUUUUCCAUCCCCUGUAUGGCCCCAAGCUCUGCCAAGCCAACCAACUGCUCUGCGCUCCGACCCGCCAUGACUAAUUCACAAACAAGCAGUUUAACAGAUCUGCAACAUCCCAUUACCCCUGAAAUGCCCUACCUGUGCUUCCACAGCUGUUUCCAGUGAUUCAGCUGCACAUAUGAAGCUGUUCAGUAUUCAUUCUAAUCUAGCAGACGGUUCUUUCAUUACAUGACACUCAAAUUCAGUUCAAUUUAGCUGGCUUUUAUCUGGUUUGUAAAUGGUUAAAAGCCAUUCUCAGCAUCUCCCAACACUGAACGGGGUAUUUCACAAAGCUGUUUGGCACAGCUGUAGCCAACAGGCAAUGUGUUUAACAUGUCACGCUCCAAAAACUGCUGUUUAUUCCCUGCUUUGGGCGCCGUAAAUGCAAAUAGUGUGGCUUUUUCCUCUGCGGUGUGUAGAGGAGUCUGUUUUGUUUCAGUUUUUCCUCAUGAUUUGUUUUCUUAAUUAUCUGGCUGACGUUCACCUCUUUGUCGAGUCUUUGUGAGCACCCUCUGUUCCUGCUGGACUGUGUUAGAGGUGUGUUAAGCAUAGAGUAUUUCCAGUGGUGGAGAUAAAAUAUUCAGAGCGGGAAUGGAUAGAAGAGGCAUUCCUGUAGAAAUCAAUGAUUCCCAAAGGUUUUGGAUGGUGAACAACAAAGACAGAUUUAUGUCAUCAUGGAAAUUAGCAUCUCUGAACUGUACGCGUGAUCAAAGGACUGAUGAUACCACGACAAGUUUUUUUUUUUUACCUGACAGUAUCCCAAUCCCGGAAAACAAAACGGCAUCAUUUUCCUCAUAUCAUGUUUCAAGUCACUGUAUAUCAACUGUCUUGGGAGCACUAAAGGAAAGUAGGACAUCAAGGAGCAUCAUUUCUGUCUCUCCAAUGAAUCUGCAUGUGUACAGUAAGAAAACCUGUGAGACUAGCUUCAAAUCUAUUAUUUAUAAAUGUCUAUUUUAUCUAUCAGUGAGUGAUGUCUUAUAGAAUCUUUCAGAGCCAAAUGUCAGUUUGUGUUUGGCAACUUUUCUAAGCAGCUUUGAGACAUGAAAUACCCCCCCCCUCCACACACACACACACAUACAUUUACAUCACAGACAGACAUAGUGCUGGUGGCAUCAUGCGUGGCUCUUGCUAUCCUCCAGAUAUCCAGUCUUGUGAUUUUUAGUAGCAUUCCUGUAGAAAUGUGGUCUUUCUGUACCAUGGAAGUUCAAUAAAGACUCAACACUGGCGUUUUA